AUGGAAUUCAAGACAACGACGAGCGAAAAUGACGAAGGCAAGAUACCCGCCGUGGCGUCGAUGGAUGCGUUCUCGCAGGUGGAGACAGAGUAUGGCAGCGCACUUAGCGACUUCUCGUGCUUCGAGAAAGAAGUGAUAACACCUGUGAAGCUGUGCACGGGGAAGGGAGUGCUCGACGUGUUCGGCGUGUGCUUCGAUGAUGACACCGCGCUGCUGGAGGACUAUCACACAGAGCGGAAGGACACGUGCCAGAAGUGGGAGUCGUGGCAGCCGACGAAGGACGGCGGCACGUUCCGCGGCCAGCGCCAGUUUACAUGCACGACGCUGGUGAGGGCGAUGAUGGGGAAGCCGUACGCGUACGUCGAGUACCAGCGCUACGCCCUAUUCAAGGUGAGCGGUACCCCGACACUCGCGGUGCAGUUCUCAAGCCAGGUGCCCGGUGUGAUGUUUGGCGACGCGUUCCGGGUGGAGGCACUUGUGAUGUUCACACAGGUCGGCAGCGGUGCGUCGGCCGAGGUGACGAUGCGUGUAUUCGGGUACGUGCAGUUCCUGAAGAAUGUGUGGGUGAAGGGCCGCAUCUUGUCGACCACGAUGGACACGGAGCUGCCCGAGGGGUACAAAAAGAUGGCUGCGAUGGUUGUUGCCAAAAUGGCUGGUCAAUCAAGUGCUGCUCCUGCCGUUGCCGCGGCGCCUGCGGCUGGUGAGCAAGCAAUCAGACCAGAAGUAUCGUCACUCAAUCCAUCUCUAAAGCCCCAGACAGCUCUGCAGCGCAGCGUCAUGGCUCAUGGAACCACAGCUCUGGCUGCCUUAGUUGUCGUAGUGUGUUUGAGAAGUGCUUGGCAGACUUUUUUUAUUGCCAGGGUGUCGGUGUCGAAGCUUUGCGUCGCAGCCCGUGUAGGUGAGUCGGAUCAUCUCGACGGUGUGUGCCAAAUGAUGAUUGCCGAGUGGAACGGGGUGUUGUCAGCGGCACGGCCGGCGCUGGUAGCUGUCUACUUCCUCCUCAUCUCAAUCUUCUGUGGAGUUAUGUUCAAAGGUAUCGCUCUUUCAGAGGCAUAUGGAGAGGGGAGGCGGACCUCCUCUAGGUGA